AUGCUAGCCUCUGUGAGGCCGUGCAUUUCCUCGAUGGCUGUCACCAAUUCGGUACGAGCCCUUCACGAUCGCUCAUCCGUGCCAAGAGUGGUGGAUGAUAGAGAAAAGGCCCGGUGGAAGGUCCACGACGUCGGCUACAAGUUUCGCUAUCAUCAGCGUGGUGUCGAGGCUUUACCGAGGAUACCAGACUGCCGCGUACCAGUUGACCGCCCCGAGUACAAGGAGAGAGAUGCCUGGAGGGAGUCGCAAGCUAGAUUCGGGCAAAACGAUUACAUCGAUCUUCUGGGCGAUGGUAGCCUUCAUCCAGCCCAACUCCAGUAUCACGUCCCGAAUUGGCUGCGUGGAUUCCCGGGCCAGCAUCGCGCAAACGAGCUGAUAAAAUUGAUCCAUUACAGAAACCUGUACAAGGAGAAACUACAGAACAACUCACCGCGUCGCUGGCACGAGUUGCAGAAGCGUAUCAAGUUCCUCCUGAUGUACCACAACUACAACAAACAGGACGAAAUCAAAGACGAGCGCGAUCUGGGGCUUUGGGACGAGAAGCCGGAUUAUUUCUACAAGGACAAGAGUCGACGCUCGUACACCGAUCUUAUUGCACGGUUAAUGGAUAGCAUGUUCGACAGUUGCGUCAACUUCGAGCCGCCGUUUCAAGAGCUCCAAAAUUACGCGCUCGUCAGCGCCGAUGGAAAAGUGGCCCUGCUUGGCAAGCAGUUCGAGGCCGCCUCAGAUCUCUCCAAAAUCUGUGAUUAUGUGACGUCGAGGCUGUGGUUCACCUACAGACGAGGAUUCCAACCAAUCGGCGGAACUGGCCCGUCCAGCGACCAGGGCUGGGGUUGCAUGCUGCGAUGCGCGCAAAUGUUGCUGGGAGAGGUAUUGUUGAGACGUCACAUUGGCGAGCACUACCAUUGGAAGCGUGAGAAACCGUCUGGGGACUACGAGAAGAUCCUAAACAUGUUUCUCGAUGAGAAGGCUGCGUUAUACAGCAUUCAUCAAAUUGCUCAAAUGGGCGUUUCUGAGGGCAAGCAGGUCGGCGAGUGGUUUGGGCCGAAUACGGCUGCGCAGGUGCUGAAAAAGCUGUGUGUAUUCGACCAAUGGUCCGGGCUGGCCGUCCACGUGGCCCUUGACAACAUUUUGAUCCGAGAUGAUGUUAGAACGAUUGCUACGACCAAUCCGCCAAAAGAUGCCGUCAAGCUGAUCGUUGAAGAUGGCCGCCUUGGUGACCACUUCCUGAAUCGGAGCUGGAGCGCGGAAUUUGAGGAAACCUUGAAUCAGGACAUGACUUGGCGACCACUAUUGCUUGUCAUCCCGCUCCGACUAGGCCUUACCGGCAUUAAUAGAUGCUAUUUGCCCGCGAUUAAGAAAUAUUUCGAGCUUCCACAAUGCACCGGCAUCAUGGGCGGACGACCAAAUCACGCGUUAUUUUUUGUGGGGAUCACUGGGGACAAGCUAAUCUACCUCGACCCCCAUAUUUGUCAACUUUCCUUGUCGGCGCAGCCGGGGCAGGGGCGCUCUGAAGCUUACUUUGAUGGGUUUGAAGCCGUUGAGACCACGGAAGCGUCUGAUGAGAAAUCACUUGACGAUUCUACGUAUCAUUGCCCGAAUCCAUUGGCUAUGCCUUAUGAUCAGGUUGACCCGUCCUUGGCGCUGACGUUUUUCUGCAAAACCGAGGCGGAUUUUGAGGCGUUGAGCCGAGAACUUGAUGAGGAACUUCUACCUUCUACCAAGCCUUCACUAUUCGAGCAACUUCAGUCUCGGCCUAGCUAUUGGCCUCCCUUCGAGCCGUAUUUAGGCGUGAGGGGGAAUGUGGAGAUGAAAGAAUUCCACGACAUGGGCGACCCGAACUUCGACUCGGAUGAGGAGUUCGAGGUCCUGCAG